GGCUUCUGACUGUCGACGCCGGUUCGGACCUCCUAAGGUCCGCCUGGAAACGAAGUGCGGGUAAAUAAUGUCGUGUCGCUCCGACAGGUGCCUCUAUUAAUACCAGCCAAGCAGCUCUUUGCUGCCAGUGUUACACUGAUCCUCUUAAGUGUCUUCCAUGCACACAAUGUCAGAGAGUGGCGAGGACGCAUGGACCUGACAGAAAAGGAGGCUGGUAUUGUACUGUAUGCCUAGUGCUAUAUUCAUUCACGUUAGAGCCAAAGAUACAUGUGCCAAGGCAAGAUGGACAACAACAGGUUGUCAUCCGAAGCGGAUAGAACCUUACUGGACUGUGCAGGUGCCAGAAUCUCUGGCUGUUGGUCUCUGAGGUCCGACUCCAGCGGGAGCGGAGAGGACUCGUUGGACCGGCUCCUGCCCCCCGCGGGCGCACCCCGCAGAAAGAGCACUACUUCGCUGAGUAAAACAGAGCCCCCCUUGCUUCGCACAGGCACUCGCACAAUCUACACCGCUGGCCGACCUCCCUGGUACGAUGAGCAUGGAGCGCAGUCCAAAGAGGCCUUUGUCAUCGGGUUAUGUGGGGGCAGUGCCUCAGGGAAGACGACCGUAGCCAAUAAAAUCAUUGAGGCUCUCGAUGUGCCCUGGGUGGUGCUACUGUCCAUGGAUUCCUUCUACAAGGAUUUAUAUCCCGAGGAACAAGCCUUGGCCGCAAGUAACGAUUACAACUUCGAUCAUCCGGGGGCCUUCGACUUUGAGCUGCUGGUUGCCACCCUGCGGAAGCUGAAGCAAGGAAAAAGUGUGAAGAUCCCUGUGUAUGACUUCACCACCCACAGACGACAAAAAGACUGGAAGAACGUAUAUGGUGCAAGUGUAAUCAUAUUUGAAGGAAUCAUGGCUUUUGCAGAUAAAGAUCUUCUUCAGCUCCUGGACAUGAAAAUCUUUGUGGACACAGAUUCAGACAUCCGACUGGUCCGUCGCCUCCGUAGGGAUAUCACAGAGCGCAUGCGGGAUAUCGAAGGUGUCAUCAAGCAAUACAACAAGUUUGUAAAGCCAGCCUUUGAGCAGUACAUCGAGCCAGCCAUGAGACUGGCCGACAUCGUUGUGCCACGAGGGGGCUGCAAUAUGGUGGCCAUCGAUCUGAUAGUCCAACAUGUGCACAGUCAACUGGAGGAGCGUGAGCUCAGUGUCAGGGCGCUUCUAGCAUCCGCUCAGCAGACACAACCACUGCCACAGACGCUCAGUGUGUUGGAGGGCACGCCACAAGUCAAAGGCCUCCACACCAUCAUCAGGAAUAAAGAAACCAGCAGGGAUGAGUUCAUCUUCUACUCAAAGAGAUUGAUGCGCCUUCUUAUAGAACAUGCACUUACCUUUUUGUCAUCACAGCCUUGCAAGGUUCAGACACCACAGGGCCAUGAGUAUGAGGGCCACAGAUUUGGAGGUAAAGGGAUUACUGGUGUGUCCAUUCUGCGGGCAGGAGAGACCAUGGAGCCCGCCCUGAGGGCUGUGUGCAAGGAUGUGCGUAUUGGCAAGAUCCUCAUCCAGACCAACCUGGACUCAGGAGAACCCGAGCUACAUUACCUGCGUCUGCCCAAAGACAUCAGCGAAGAUCAUGUCAUCUUAAUGGACAGCACUGUGUCGACUGGUGCAGCAGCCAUGAUGGCAGUGCGAGUACUUCUGGACCACGAAGUGCAGGAGGAGAAAAUCCUGCUGGUGUCGCUGCUGAUGGCAGAGCUUGGUGUGCAGUCUGUGGCCUACGCCUUCCCAAAGGUUAAAAUCAUCACCACAGCCGUGGACAAGGACCUUGACGACUCUUUACACGUCAUCCCCGGUAUCGGGGACUUUGGGGACCGCUACUUUGGGACGGAUGACUCUGACAGAUGGAGUGAUGAAGAGGAUCAAGAACAGCCAUCAUACUGAUGUGCGAAAGACUACUUAAAACAUUAUUUUAUUCAUGGCGUAUUGUCAACUCACACUCCUGUACCCUUUGAGGGGGUGAGUUUAUAAGGACUUUUGUUUCAUUAACCACUGAGAAUUUUUAAACUAUGGUGCUUAUAGAAAGCGGUGCAAUUACUGUAUGUAAUAACAAUGUUAUGUUUCAAAUGAUGUUAUUCAGGAUUUCACUGCACCAGCUUUUCAUUCAUCAAGUUAUUUGAGUAAAUAUGCUUCUGGUCAAUGAGUUACAAUUAAGGGAACGCAAAAGACCUCAGAAACAUAUUUGAUUGCAAAGAACAAAGAAGGAAAGUCAGUUUAGAAACACAAAAGGAGAUACAAAUAUACAGUAUAUAACAAAACUUGCAAUCAGUCAUAAAGGUGAGUAAUUUGGGGGGAGAAUAAAGAAAACCCCGAAAUAAAGCGUGAAACAUAGCAGCAUAGUCUCCUAAGACCCAACCUUUUGUAUGACAUGCAUUUUUUAUUUAUCUUGGUUAUUUGGGCUCUUUGGAACCCAAAGGGUAUAAAAACAAAGAAUAAGUUUCCAUCCGAACUUUUCGAUGUGUUUUCAGUUCUCUUGAACCCAUGUGAUGUGGUAUACACUUCCUCCACCACUAAUUGGCAGCAUAAUGUCCUCAUAAGUGCAAACUAGUGUCUUGUAGAGAAAGAUGUUGUAUUGUGGUCUACACCAGUAGUCCCCAACCACCGAUUGGUACCGGGCCGCGCAAGAAAGUAAAAAAAUAUAUAUAUAUUUUUUUUUUAUUUUUUAUUAAAUCAACAUAAAAAUCACAAUAUAUACAUUAUAUAUCAAUAUAGAUCAAUACAGUCUGCAGGGAUACAGUCCGUAAGCACACAUGAUUGUAUUUCUUUAUGAAAAAAAACAAAAAACCCCCCACCCCGGUCCGUGGGACUAAUUUUCAAGCGUUGACCGGUCCCCAGCUACAAAAAGGUUGGGGACCACUGGUCUACACAACCAAAAAUGUGAUGGCCACAUAUGAGGAUGUUAGGUCCUAGGAAGAUAUUUAUUAAGCAGACUCAUUAUUUUCAGCAUUCUGCUGGAUACCGUAAUCCCUCAAUUUAUGAGUUUAAUUUGUUCUGUGACACGCUCUUAACUCAAAACAUGUGUAUCUCAUGUGUUAAAAACGAUGUGGGGAAGGAACUGUGCCCGAUUUCUAGUAAAUACCUGUUUGAGGUUGUGCUUUUCGGUGGUACCCUCGACAGAUUAAUGGUCUCAUUUAAAUGGCUAGGUGUGGUCGUCGAGGGAACAGCGGAACGUGAACAAUUACCUUGGCAUAAAGUGCUCCAAUUCAAAACGGUGGUUUACCCCAAUCAAUACUAGGAUUAUCCAGUUUUAGCUAUGGGAGACCUAUUACAAUGGAUGUCGACCGACUUGGAAGAAUAAAGAAGCGUAUUGCCUCAUGGUGUUUACCCGAUAGCUGUACAGCAAAAGUCUCAGUUUGGUGCAUCACCCUGGUCAGUUAACGGUCAUCUGAAGACCA